ACCUCCAAAAACGAAACGGAAGAAAACAAACCAAACGUGAACGGGGGACUACAUUUCAUCCAGGACUGGAGAAACUGGUUUUUAAACUUGUCUAAUGACAAUCUGUGGUACAGUGACUUUAGCUGUACGUUGACGGAACAGCACACUUGGUGCUGACAAAAAAAAAAAAAACCCCCACCUAAAAACAAAUUGCCAACUUAGCUAACAUUAACUCAAAAAGAAGAAGAAGAAGAAGGAGCUAACAACAGCAGAAGAACUUGACGCUAAUUGGAUGAAGAGCAUAAUUAACUUACACUGAUCAACAAGAUGGAUUUCAGCACAGCCGACCUGUCCACCACUGUGGUACAUGACUCUCCAGGGAAGGGCAGUUCCACGUCUGACGACUUUAUACAACUCUCUAAGCUCCUGACGAGGCCACACACUUCUGAUGGCUCCUCAGCGGAUGAGCCGCUGAUAAAGAUGAAAACAAACUUUUCACCUGCUAGGAAACCAGAGGAAAAAGAAAACACGUCAUCCAGAUCUAAUGGCAAAAAUAACAAGAAUGCAGAUUUGAACACAGAUGACAGCUCUGACAAUGAGCCUCUGAUUAAGAUCGCCAAAGUGUCAUCCAAAGCUGCAAAGAAGCCUCUCUCAGUGCCUCCAAAAAAACCUGUUGAUACAAAGGAUGACAGCUCUGACAAUGAGCCUCUGAUUAAGAUCGCCAAAGUGUCAUCCAAAGCUGCAAAGAAGCCUCUCUCAGUGCCUCCGAAAUCUGUUGAUACAAAGAAAAAAGAAUCACCGGUUGAUGAUGAUAGUUUGGAUGAUGAGCCUCUGACUGAAAUUGCCAAGAAACUUAAAUCCAAACAUCAGAGAGAGGCAUCUGUCGUGCCCUCUAGAAAAGCAACCCCAGUUAUGAAAUCCAAAAGGAGUGCGGCACGGAAAAAGGAGUCUUCCAGUGACAGCUCAGAUGACGAACCACUGGCAACAAUAAAGAGGAAGAGGACAAAGGCUGCCAAAGAGCAAAAGAGUUCGGCAAAGAACAAGAAGACAAGAACAAAACUUACAGACACAUCACUAAAAGACAGCAGCUCGGAUGAGAAUGAUGAUGAGCCCUUGGUGAACCUCAUUGCCAAUAAAAAGAAACCACUUAAGAAAAACGCAAAGAAGACAACUGUACCGCAAGGUGGUGCAUCGAAAAGGAAACAAGGACUGUCUGAGGAAAGCUCAGAUGAUGAGCCCUUGAUUAACCUUGUGAAAAGGAACCACACAGACAAACAGACAAAAACCAAAACAAAGGCGUCAGCUCCUAAAAAGAGGGGCACAACUCCCAAAAAGCCAAGAAAGACGCUUGUGUCAGGGUUGUCUAGCAACAGCUCAGAUAAUGAACCCUCAGUCAAAGCAGCCAAACACCCACAAGUGACCAAAAUCCUGAGAAUAAUACUUGAGAGGUGUGAUGGUGAAGACGCUGGGGCAACAGGAAGCCUGAACAAAACCAAAACAGAAACACUGAUUGCUGAAGAGCUCACAAAGGAAGAAUCAGAGGGUUCGGAGGAAUCAUCAGAAGAAGAAUAAGCAGAGGAAUCAGGAAGCUGUAACAGUGUGAAGGAAUGUCUCUUUAUUGUCACCUUUCAGCUUCUGGACGGUGAAGUUCAAAUCACUUAGUGGCUCCAAGUUUGAAGAACUUCCCAAAAGGUUCUAAAACCCACGGAGAGACACCUCCUAAAAAUCCCAGUUAGUGUUCAUGUAAAGUUACUGUGUGUUUUAUAUCCAUACAUGUUAAUUUAAGGUGAUAGUAUUUUUACUCCAAUUUUUAGGUUUGGGACCAAGUUUUGCAGGUUCCUGACAGAUUUUAUGCACAAGCCUUUUACGUUAUUUUACUAUUUGUGCCUGUUGUUUGCAUCAGCUGUUUCCUCUGGUUUUAAUUUUUUAAGAGAAUAAUUUAACACUCAUUGACGUAAGUUACAUUUCUGCUUUCAUAUUAAGUAGACACUCAGCAUGCAGCAGUGAAAAUCUGUUGUGUUUGAUUAAACUGCUUUCACUUCUAAAAAUUCAUAUCAGAUGAGUCCCUCUCUAUUUCAGCUUACUCGCCACAACACCACAAAUAUUCUUCAUCCGUGUCUGUCAU